CAGAUUAUACUCAUAUCAGUACCUAUCACAUUUCAUUGAAGUCAUAGUUUCACAGUUAAUUCUGACUACCUGUACUAUUAUAUAUCUGGGUUAGAUCAUUGAGUCAUGGAUGCAGACGAUGAUGUUCCUGCACUCUCUGCAGAGACAUUCGCAGCCCUCCAGGAGUUCUAUGCCGAGCAGCAAAAACGACAGGAGAUACUUGACAAGCUCGAAGCUGAUAAUAAGCUAAAGGAGAAUAUUCUGUUUGAUGAAAACUGGCAACUGAGCCAGUUCUGGUACGACGAGUCGACGGUGCAGACUCUAGUACGUGUUGUGGAUAAGACACUAGGCGCAGGGGGGCGCGUGGCGCUUAUCUCUUGCCCCACACUCUUCGUGCCAGUCAAACGACAAAUUGGUGAUAGAGCUACAGUGACUCUUCUAGAAUACGACCGUCGUUUCGAGGUGCAUGCUCCAGACUUUGUGUUCUACGACUACAACUGUCCAGACAAGUUGCCUCCAGAACUCCUAGGCUCCUACGACCUGGUGGUAGCUGAUCCUCCUUUCCUUUCCGAAGAGUGCAUCACUAAAACUUCGCAGACUAUUAAACUUAUGGCCAAGGAUAAAAUAAUAGUGUGUACAGGAGCCAUAAUGAAAGAUAAAGUGAAAGAAUUGUUAGGACUUAAUUUGUGUGAGUUUCAACCUCAUCAUAGAAACAACUUGGCCAAUGAAUUCUCUUGUUACGCUAAUUUUGAAUUAGAUGACAUUUUGAGAUGAUUCAUCCAUUUGUAUGUUGGUUUUUAAGUGUAUAAUGGCAUGUAUUGUUGUUCUAAUAGUAAAUAUAAAAUAUUGUAUAUAUGAAUAUGUAAACUACAUAAUGUAUAAAGCAGGAAUUGAAAUGUCAAUAAAUUGAAUAUUUCAGAAAAUACUAUGUAUUUGAA